UUCAGCUUCCUCCAGUCUCAGGCCUGCAGUGAGGGCAACUGAGGAGAAGCGCUUUGGCGGAAACGGGUCACCUCCGCGGGGCCAAGAGGCGGGAGAAGAAGCCUUAGCCCGUCCCACCAUGUGGCGCUUCCUCCAGCGGCUCCUCAGAAGCACAGCCCCGGCCUCGUCCCCCAGCAAGAGGCUCAAGACCUCCGGCCCCGAGGAGAAGGAGCCCCCCGGCCUGAGGCUCCGCUUCGCCAAGCUCUCGGAAAACGCCCUCGCCCCUUCCAGGGGCUCCUCCCGGGCCGCCGGCUACGACCUGUACAGUGCCUAUGACUCUGAGAUCCCUCCUUUGGGAAAGGCUGUAGUGAAAACAGAUAUUCAAAUCUCUCUUCCCUCUGGAUGCUACGGUAGAGUAGCUCCACGGUCUGGAUUAGCUGCGAAUCACUUCAUCGACGUUGGUGCUGGCGUUAUUGAUGAGGAUUACCGAGGAAAUGUCGGUGUUGUACUAUUCAACUUUGGAAAAGAAACUUUUAAAGUUAAAAGAGGAGACAGGAUUGCCCAGCUGAUCUGUGAACGUAUCUACUAUCCUGAACUUGAAGAAGUCCAGGUUUUGGAUGACACAGAACGAGGCUCGGGAGGCUUUGGAUCCACUGGCAAGAACUGAGGAAAGCUGUUACAUGUAAUUAAGGAACUGCUGUUUUUUAUAUAAAGCAUUUUUAAUAAAUAAAUCUUUGUGUUCA